AUGAAUCAAUCAUUCAAGAAGAAAUAUCUUCGGGUACAAAUCGCUCCCGAAAUAUCAGCUACAAGCAUUGCCAUGCCUAAGACUUGCCCAGAAACUCGCACUUAUACCGAGGAAGAGGUACAGGACUUUGUGGGUACUGUGUUAGACAUGGCAGUACAGCUUCUACAAGGAAAUGGAAAGAGAGAGGCCCCGAGAGAAGUUUUGGAAAACGACUCGGAAGCGAGACAUGGCCCGGCCACGGCCCCGGCCCGCAGAAAGAGAGUACCUGAUACCGACAAGGAAAUAAUUUGCAACACCCCAAUUAUUACCGCAGAACCUCCUCGACCAACAAUCGACCCAAGUCUUCCUUUCAAUAAUGUAUCCCGAAAGAGAAGAAGUAGUCGCCAAAAUACGCGGGCUAAGUCACAAGACUUGUGUGCGGCUCGAAGAUUGCAACGAGAAACCCCCUUGGCGUCUUGGAUGGAAUAA